AUGGCCACGUCGGCCCUAUCCCAUUCAGAUGACAACGCCGCCGUGCUCGACACAGAUCGCCGUCCUCUUCAACGUGGCCUUGAGUACUACAUCAAGCCUGCCAUAACGGACGUCGGCGGCCGCUUCACUCUCAUCAACCGCAACAACUCCUGCCCUCUCUACGUCGGCCAGGUGAACACCGACGCAGGGGAAGGCCUGCCGGUGAUCUUCACUCCGUAUGCCGGAGAAGACAACACCGUGAAGGUGAACAGGGACUUCAGGCUGGCGUUCUCGGCAAUCACGCUAUGCAUUCAAUCAACAGAAUGGAAGGUCGGCGAGAAUGACACGACGAGUGGAAGAAGACUUAUCGUGACUGGUAGUCCCAGUGGUGAUCGUGAUUAUAGUAACUAUUUUAGGAUUGUGGAGACACAGUUCGGAGGAAUCUAUAAUAUUCAAUGGUGUCCUACAGAAGUGUGUCCUAUUUGUAGGUUUGAUUGUGGGACUGUUGGUGGAUUACGGGAGAAUGGGAAGAUUCUUGGGGCUUUGGAUGGUAAUGUUCUUCCUGUUGUGUUUGAGAGGAAGGCAUAA